AUGCAGCUCACGACCAUACUCCUCCUCUCUCUCGCCGCGCUCAUCAAUGCUGCUCCAGCACCAGUACCAGCACCGGCCGAUAGUGCACAGGCCUUGAGCUAUACGAGCUGUUUGACCGUGUCCUACGACACGCCGCAGGGGAUCGCGUUCUACAGGAUUGACAGCAACGACUCGACAAAGUUUGCGGCGAACUGCAAGAAGUGCAUUGGUACGACGACGGGAUGUGGGACCACUGAUACAGCCUGCAAAGAUAGCAAGUUUAAUGAGUGUGCAAAGACCUUGUAG